AUGUCAACGCUGCUCAAGUCAGGCAGUGACUCGCACUCCGACCACCACAGCAGCAGCAGCAACAGGGACUUUGGCGGCUUCGUCUCGACAGCCACACUCCAGGUCCGGGCCAUUGGGUAUGAUGUGGACCAGGCGCUUACCGGCAGGACGCUGGAGAACAUUUCCGUGUUCCGGUCCGGUUCCAGGGACGCUAAGUACGUCUCCAUCCGGCUCAAGAAGAACUCCAACUCGUGCGGCCUUGUCCGGGUCUCUGAUCAGGCUGCUCUCAUGUCCACCAUCUACCGCUUUGGCCCGGGGAAACAACCCCAGAUGCGCAUAUUGAAUCUCCAUUACAAAGUUUCCAUCGAGGACGCCAUCAAAAACGAGAACGUGCGGGGGGAAUCAAUCGAGGUGAAGAGUCAUUUGCUGAUCUCGCGCGCGCAGGUCUUCGACACGUCGCUCGGGAAGUUCGAGUGGCGCUACGGCACCAACGAGCAAGCGGCUUGCAACGCUCACAAUCUCCUCGUCAUGGAGCGCAUCGACCGAGUCUCAUUUCCCGGCGGCGGGCAGAGCAAGAGCGGCGCCCGCGUCGCGCAGCUCAUUUGCAACGACCAGUAUCGCACCCCCGGCACCAAGAAGUACUCGGGCAGGAAUGGGGGCCGCUUGUUCAUCGAUCUGUGCAUGUGUAACGAAGACAAGAAUACCAGCCCCCAGCGUGUAGAGGCGUUCGUUGUGGCGAGCUGUAUCUUGAUGCUGAAGAGAGGGGCGGAUCGUUUCAUCGAUAACCACCUCGCCCUGGUGGUGUAA